AUGCCUGUAAUAGUACCAUUCUUGUCAGGAAGUAGCAAGCAGUUGUCAAUUGACGUAGAACAACCCAUCAUCUACUUGCGUGGCCCACCAAGUCAUUCUACUAUUAAUGAACUUAAGGGAUCUAUUGUUCUCAAUUUGUCAAAACCUAUUUCUGCGUCACUAGUGGAUGUCAAAUUUGUUGGCAAAGCUCAAUCACAAUGGCCAGAAGGCAUAGGACCUCGUGGCACCAAGUUGUAUCAUGAAAAAGUAAUUUGGGAACAACAAGCUGUAUUAUGGCAACCAGAUGUUGAUGACAAGGGUAUGAUCCCUGCAGGCGAUCAUCGAUGGCCCUUUCAAUUUGCAUUAUCCAAUGAUAUGGUGGAGACGAUUGAAGAUGAAAUGGCACAAGUAUCCUAUUAUUUAUCAGCUACUGUAAGGCGACCUGGAUCACUGGUGAAUUGGAAACGUCGACGAGACAUGCUUGUGUUGCGAACAUUAUCGGGUGAUGAUCGCAUGAUUCGAAUGGAGCGGGAUACGGAUUGGUGUACAGCAACCAUUGCAUUAGAACAAUCGGCUGUAGUGGCUGGUGCACAUUUUCCUCUUACGUUUAUGUUUGUCCCAAAGCAAAAAGGGGUGGCACUUGAGUGCAUUUCGAUGGUGGUUCAAGAACACAAGGCGUAUCGUUUGGCCGAGUAUCACGCUGCACGUAGCGAAAACAUGAAAUUCAAAAUCAACCUUGAUUCAGCAACCAGUGCUACAGACCCCGAGAUGGUCGAUGCAUCCUUUGCACAGCUGCGUCGUGCACUUAAUGCAAAAAAUGCUCACAUCCCACUCACGGUGGAGCCGUUUCAAUAUCGCCUCGUUCUCCAAAUGCCAGAUUGCAAAUCUUUGACGCACUCGACUUAUUUUCCCGAAAUCGAAAUACGCCACCUCUUGCAUAUUCGUAUGGAGCUCUCUAUGCCUAAUUGCACUGAGCGUUCCAUUAUCGACUUUAAAACACCCAUCACUAUCAUGGAUUGUAGACUCAAGGAUGAAUUUGGAUUGCCUGCAUAUGAGGAACGUGCGCCAUCUGCAAAUGAUCUGGAUCGAGGAGAAGGUCGAUUUAAAGCAUUAUCGAAUACGUUGGCAAUGGGCUUCUUUGUAUGCCCCUGUUACACCGAGUAUAGGAAAACCGUAAUGGGCAAUCGAGAAGACUUUCUAUUGUUGAGGCAGCAAAUUAUUUCCGAGCACACCGCUUUGCCUCCACCCUAUGAUGGCUAG